GUUCCGGGGGGGUGGGGCGCCGAGCGCGCGGGGUGGGGGGGGUCCUGGUCUUUGGCUUCUCGACUCGGUCCUGUUUCGACAGCGAACAUGUCUCGGCCUGUCAGAAAUAGGAAGGUCGUUGAUUAUUCACAGUUUCAGGAAUCUGAUGAUGCUGAUGAAGAUUAUGGAAGAGAUUCGGGCCCUCCAGCUAAGAAAAUCCGAUCAUCUCCCCGAGAAGCUAAAAAUAAGAGACGAUCUGGAAAGAAUUCACAGGAAGAUAGUGAGGAUUCAGAAGAAAAAGAUGUGAAGACCAAGAAGGAUGACUCUCACUCAGCAGAGGAUAGUGAAGAUGAAAAAGAAGACCAUAAAAAUGUGCGCCAGCAACGGCAGGCAGCAUCAAAAGCAGCUUCUAAGCAGAGAGAGAUGCUCAUGGAAGACGUGGGCAGUGAGGAGGAACGAGAGGAGGAGGACGAGGCACCAUUCCAGGAGAAAGAUUCCGGCAGCGAUGAAGAUUUCCUAAUGGAAGAUGAUGAUGACAGUGACUAUGGCAGUUCAAAAAAGAAAAACAAAAAGAUGGUUAAGAAGUCCAAACCUGAGAAAAAAGAAAAAAAAAUGCCCAAACCCAGGCUAAAGGCAACAGUGACACCAAGUCCAGUGAAAGGCAAAGGGAAAGUGGGUCGUCCCACAGCUUCAAAAGCAUCAAAGGAAAAGACUCCUUCCCCCAAAGAGGACGACGAUGAGCCUGAAAGCCCUCCAGAAAAGAAAACGUCUGCCAGCCCUCCACCUGAAAAGUCUGGGGACGAAGGAUCUGAGGAUGAAGCCCAGUCUGGGGAGGAUUAAAAGUGAUGAUGGUCUGGGGAGAGAUUUUAUUAAAAAAAAAAAAAGAGAGAGAAAGAAAAAAAGAACCUACUUAAGAUAAACAUGGUUUUGGCUAUGGCUUGACUCGUGGGCUUUGAAUGCUUUUUUCCAUUUGUUGAAAAUAACAUUUUCCCUUCUUCUUCUUUUUUUUUUUAAGAAAACCAUUGUAUGUUUAAGUUGCCUUUUUGUAUGUUGGUCCUCUCUUUGCCACCCUCCCCUACCCCCAAUCCCCAAUGAAAGCCAUGUCAAAUUAAUCACUGGAUUGACUGCUUCAUCUUUUUAUUUUAGUGGACAGUAUACCACAGCUGUAAAGCAGUAAGAUUUGAGAUGAACACUAUAAAAAUCUUGCUUUUUGCUAAAUGAUAGCAAGUUGAACAGUAAUCAAAAAGUGUAGAGGAAUUUUAGUUAAAAAUGAUUGCUUCUUUCCCUACCUGCACUUUUUAAAAAAAUCAGUUGUCUCUAAUAUGAGCUUUUAUUAUCUGUAUACAUGAGUAUCGAAUAGACGUCUUUAAAGAAAAUCAUGACUUUAAACUUCCACUGAUGAGGCAGGUAGGAGGUCAAGAUAAAUUCUGACUUAUUGCUAAAAGUAUUCAUAUUUUUUAUCUUGGCGGUGGGAGGGUAUGGGGAAUGGGGUUACCUGACCUUGUUUGAGGGCGUGGAUUUUUUGUUUUGUUUUUCAUUUUAUCUCAAAGAGACUCAGAGCCAGUGAUCCUUUAUCCUGCGACAGUCUUUAAGAAGUUAAAAAAAAAAAAAAAAAGGCAGGGGCCACCAAAACUGAAAUCACUCUUGAUUUCAGAUCUCAUUCUCUAAUGGUUCAUGUUUUUAAAAUAUAUGUGUAUCUAUUGUUUCUUGGGUAAAAUUUUACCAAGGAUUCCACCCCUCAAAAAAAAAAAAACCCUAGAAUUUAAA